AUGGCUUCGGGGGGAGUAGACACUCCGCUUGAAAAGCUUCGUUUAGAAUACGAGCGGUGCAUGAAAGUCUCUGCAAAAGAACUCGAUUUGGAACCACCUAUAUAUAUCCAUGAGGGAAGUGAGCUGAUAUCUCACUUGCGCGAUCAACUUGCUAUGCUUCCUGAACUGGAAUACUUGACUCCGCAAUGUGAUAUCUCGACUGCCUAUGUGGGAGUUUCCGCAAAGUCUACUCCUGAGGAAGAACGGAAGUUGAGAUCUGUUCUGGUGUAUCACAACAAGAUCUUCCUUGGAGAUGGAAAUGCAGCUCCUGCGCCUGCUCGUGGAGUUAUUUGUGAUCUGGAUGUCGGUGAUGCACAACCCAUCGCCCUGAGACCACGUUCGGUCGGACCCCACAUCCUUCCGAACGUAUACGAGCUUCUUAAGAAGCUUUUGGAGACUAAUUUGAUCGAGCAUUCGGAGUCACCCUGGGCAUCGCCAAUAGUCCUCGUUCUAAAGAAAAACGGAAUUGACAUCAGGACGUGUAUAGAUUACCGGGUCGUGAAUGGUUUUCUGAAACUAUCGUGUUACCCGUUACCUCUGAUCGACGAUCUUCUAAUCGGUUUCGAAGAUACGAUAUUUAUGAGCGGUGACAUGGCCAGUGGUUUCUGGACCGUGAAGAUGUCAGAACGAGCAAAGUUGAUAUCCGCAUUUGUGUGUCCGUUCGGAUAUUUUCAAUGGGUAGGAAUGCCUUUCGGACUGAAGAACGCUCUCCUCAUCUACCAAGCUGUGAUCAACAACCGCUUAUGGGGGUUCGUCAGACUCUCUCCGGAGGAGGAAGCUGACGUGGACAGUGACGUUUUACAACAUCUGGGACUGACCUUCGGACCGGAGCGAGAUUGCCGAACGGAACCGCAACCAGAGAUGGGACCUGUUCUCGGAAGGAGCUCCUACAUCAAUGAUAUCGCUCAUGAUGCUGCGACUUGGGAUCAGCUCUGCGACGACCUCAAUGAAUUACUUUUCCGAUUGCGUUACUGGAAUAUUUCAGUAAGUCUUCCGAAGAGCCGAAUUUGGAAAGCCCGUACCUUUCUCACGAAAUCAGCGCCGAAGGAAUACGUGCCGUUCCGAAAAUUGCGAAAGGAUUUGAACUACUAUCAUAAGUUCAUUGAAGAUUUCCCAGUGAUAGCUGCAUCACUGUAUGAACUCACGGAAGAACGGAUCCGUUCCGGACGAUACCUUCUCCGGGUGAAAGACGCUUUUGAAAUCUUGAAAUGGAAGAUCGUUUCGACUCCGUUGUUGCGACAUCCGGACCGAAGUCGACCAUUCGUGAUUAUUCCGCAUGCCAACCAAUGGGCAGCUUGCGCUGUCUUAGGCCAAGUGUAUGAUGGAACAAUCCUUCCAGUGAGGUUCACAGGGCGAGUAUUAAACGAUUCGGGAUCACGAUAUCAUAUUGCCGAGAAAGAAGUGAUCGCGAUUCCCAGGGUACUCCGUUCUGAAAUGGGUUCUCACUUCGAAACCGCCGAUGGACGAUGCGUACCUUGGAAUGUGGCACUGUCACACUGGGACAUCACGGUUCAGAAAGUACAACGGGAUGAGGACGGCUUACCUGCCAUCAUGGGAGCCGGUAUCACUUCGAGAGAGCAUCUGGAGAAGGUGGCUGAAUCGCUCAUCCCAGAAAAAGGACAUGUGAGAGCACCUCCAGUCGUUAGCGUGGAGAUGCUCGGGAGUGACUAUGAUGGAAUUGUUCUCAGUUUCGAUGGAGCAGCCAAGACUUCGACCAAGAAAGGCAGUUUCAUCCAAGCGCGAUGUUUCAUUUUGGAAACUGUUACAGUGAAUGAUGCUAAAUACCAAGGACUUCGAAAUGGAUUGGUGAUGACUUUCGAACGGAACGUCGAAGACUUAGUUGUUUGGGAGAUUCUCGAAUCGUCAUACAACAAGUACAAGUGUCAAACUCUGAAAGAAAAAGAGGCUAGUUUACGUCAAAAGGGAGUAUUAUCAAUCUACGGACUACCUCACGUCCAAACAUUGGCGUCUGGAGAAAAUUCGGAAGUGACAGACCAAGAUGAGUUUGCACAUUUAGAACAAUAUCCAAUUAUGAAGCCUAUGUUCACUCCGGACGAAGAACCGAAGGACCCGAACAAGAUUGUCCAGACGAAGGCAUCUCCGGAGGAGACUGCGAGAGUGGAAUCUACUCCACUGCCGCCGGCCGCGAAAGUGCUGGCGGUUCUGAUUAGGUCGUCAGAAAGGAAUGUGAAUUCCGAAAGACCCUCAAUGGGCUAG